UGCUUCAUUUGGAUUUAUGGCGGGAGACUAGAAGCUUGACCACCUGUUGCUUGUUUUUCUCUCUUAAACUGCAAUCUCUUGAGGUAGAACAUGGCUUAUAAUCGUGAAGAAGACAAGAAUUAUGAAUAUGAAACACAAUUUUUUGGUUUUACGCCCAAAUCCUUCGUGGAUGGAGUUUACAAUGCUAUAAAUGACUACGUCAGUGAUUGUUUUAAAGAACUCGAAAAGUUGUUAAGCAAUGAGCCAACAUUGACGAAAGAUUGUACAGCUGAGCAAAUACACCAGAAAACAGACCAAAUGCUGUCAAAGUUUUAUGAAAGUAUGGAUGUGUCAUUUGAUCGGCUAGAGAUAUUUUUAAUGCAGAACAUAUUCAAGAUACCACCAAAUGUCUUACUCCCUGAAGAUAAGAUACAUGAGAGUCAUAAUCAUACUAAAGAUGAAGAAGUCAAAAUGGACGAUGAAAUUCAAGAGCUUUUAAGAAAACUCAAAGCAGCGAAAUAUGUAAAUAAAGCACUGAAACAAGAACAGAAAGAACUGGAAUCAGCUGAAACUCAGGUUGCAGAAUGUGGUAAAUACUUGGAUCUCUUGGAAAAAACAUGUCAAACUGGCUUAGGACUUAAAGAGUGCUUAGUAUUCACCUGUGAUCAAGCAAACAAGUUACAUGAUCAACUAAGCAUGGCAUUAGAGGGUGGAGUGCUUCCUGUCCAGGAACCUAAAGGUGAAAAAGCAAAGAUUGCAAGAAAAAAACUUAAAAUAGGAUGAACAAAUUUACUUCCUACUCACCAUUUGUGUAAAUAAUGUUUAGUUUUUGUACACACGUGUAUACUAUGAUUGUUUUUUUAAUAAUUAGUCUACUAAUUAAAUGUAAGUUAAAUGACACAAUUAAAAGAUGAGUAAAACAA